AUGAAAACUAAGUUAUAUAACAGUAAAUUAUUAGCCGAAAGUGCCGGCAAAACUUUUACCAUGAAAGUUAAGGAGUGGAAUGUAUUUGAUAAUAACGAAUCCCUGCUUUUUAAUGAAACAAGCGAUUUUGAUUUAGACAGUUUUCAAGAAAAAUCUACUAAUAAUCCCGACCAACCAGUAAAUAAUCCACCUCCUAACCCACCAGAAAAUGAUAAUUCUACUACUCCAAGCGGAAACAAGGGACUAAUAUUAGGAACA